AACUCAUCGCCUCAUUCUUCCUUUCUUUCCUCUCUCAUUUGCUUGCUCUGCUUCGACUCUCGUUCUUUUCUUGCGAGUGAGAAAUAGUGAGUUUGAGAAGAAAUACUACAGAGAGCUAUUCUGGUGGAUCGGCCCUAAAUCAAGAGUAUAUCACGAUAAAUCAUCAUAUCAUUUAUUUGUUGUCUAUGCUUAAUAUUGUCCAAGUAGAUUGGUUAGGUAAGUUCGUUUAUUAUUGCCAUUUUGGUUUUGAGGUGAUUUUAUAUAAUUGCUCGUGUAUAGUGGUUUUAUGCUCUAGAGGGUGUGCCACUGGUUUCAACUUUUUUAGUGCAAUAUACUUACUUUUUUUAUUGUUGCAUGUUGAACUUAGCAAGUUGUAUUUGAGCAUGGAGGCAAGAGCAAGCAAGAUGCUAAGUUUGAAUGACUCAAACUAUCGAAUAUGGAGAAACAAGAUGAAAGAUCUCCUGUUUGUGACGAAGUUGCAUUUGCCGGUGUUUAGCUCGGCUAAGCCUGAAGGCAAAACUGACGAGGAUUGGGAGUUUGAGCAUCAACAAGUGUGCAACUAUGUUCGACAAUUUGUUGAUGAUAAUGUGUACAAUCACAUUUGUGGUGAGAAUGAUGCAAAAUUUAUGUGGAGCAAGCUUGAGGGACUUUAUGCAUCGAAAACAGACAACAACAAACUAUUUUCUCCGACCAAGUUGGAGCAGAUGGAGUAUAAGGACAACAAGUCCUUGGGGGGUCAACUUGGCGGUUCAGAGUUAAGUUCGAUAGAGGUAAGAACAAGCAAGAUGGUCCGUUUGAAUGGCUCAAACUAUCACAUAUGGAGAAAUAGGAUGAAGGAUUUCUUGCUCGUGACUAAGUUGCAUUUGCCAGUGUUUAGCUCGAGUAAGCCUAAAGGCAAAUCUGACGAAGAUUGGAAGUUCGAGCAUCAACAAGUGUGCAGCUACAUUCGACAGUUUGUAGAUGAUAAUGUGUACAAUCACAUUUGUGAUGAGAAUGAUGCAAAAGCUUUGUGGAGCAAGCUGGAGGGACUUUAUGCCACGAAGAACGGCAACAACAAACUAUUUUAUCUUACCAAGUUAGUGCAGAUGAAAUACAAAGACGACACAUCUCUUGGUGGAUCACUUGAACGAAAUUCAAGGGAUCGUAAAUCAAUUGUCCGACAUGGACAUAAAGAUGGAAGAUGAAGUGAUUGCUCUCCUGGUUCUUGCUUCCCUUCCAGAAUCGUUGGAGACGUUGAAGGUUUCACUUACCAAUACCGCAGAAGAUGGCGUUGUCAACCUGGAGGCUGUCAAAAGCGGAAUUCUUAAUGAAGAAAUGAGGAAAAGAUCACAAAGUGCAUUCACAUCGUCGCCACGGUCAAGUAUUCUGACAGUGAAUCCGAGGAGCAGAGAAAGAAAUGAGACGAGUCGAAGAAAGGCCAAUAAAUUAGCUAGCGUUUAUCGUCUUCCCCAAUCCACUCAUCCCAACAAUGAAGUGCAGGAGCGGACAAGCAAGAGCAAAUCAAGAGUGAGGGAGUCA